UUCAGUGUGUCAAAAGUCGAUGUGUUCAAUUAAAUUCAUUCACAACAUUUUUGUCAAAAUUCUGUAGACAACACAAACGAAAAGAUAAUUUUAACGUUCGCUAGUGCAACAACGUUUGCUUCGAUGCUGCAGGCAUGUCGAGUUCACGCCAUGAUCCCAAGGGUCGCUCGGAUCUAGAGGAGAGCAUAGAGGUGCUCAACAGCGACUUUAACUUGAUGCACUUGCUGACGCCGCUGCCGGAGGAGAUAUUCUGUGUGCAGUCAAUGGACUAUCGAUUGGCUAAGCACUGGCUCAACAAGCUUAACAACAUGGAGUGCUACAGCAUCGCAGAUCGGCAAACGCGCAAUGCCCAUAUGAGCUAUUUAAGCGUCUGCCUCAAUCAGAAGACCCUUCUUGGCCCUUUUCGCCAAAUGCCGCCCUGCGAGCAGCUAGCCUGGUUCGACUUUAGGUCUGUAGACAUGUCGGCGGCGGAUGCUUGCUCCAUGUCCUUGGCAAACACCAGCACAUUACAGGCCCUGGCGUGCAUGCUGCAGCAACAGGAACAGCAAGAGCAGCAAUCAACGAGCAGACCCUGUAAUACUAACUCCAGUCGCCGGCUCACAUUUGCAGGCAGUAAUGCGCGCUUUGCCGGCGGUGGCAUUGGUGCAAAUAUAAAACAAAAGUACAGAACCACGCACAAACUCAUAUCUAAGUCCAGGCCUAAGCUGGUGCCCAGGCACUUGCCUCGCGCGCUUGCCAGUUCUUGUUCCGAAACGUCUUUAUUGGCGGCGCCAAAUCCGAAAACGGAAGAAAAAUCGAAUAGGCGUCUGAGCUGCGACGACAACAGCAACAAGAAAAAUCGCACUAAGUUGAUCUACGUGUUAGAUGCCAUUAAAUGCGAGUUGCGUGGCGAGCGACAGCCUAACACUGAUGAAUACCUAGAGUUAGAGCUCAAGCGCUAUAGAGAAUUUUGUGCCCGCCGCAGGCCCAAAACAAAUACAAAGCAAAUGGAAAAUGGCGUUGCUAAAGGUUCAGAUCCGACCAAGGAGCGUAUUUGUAUAUUGCUGAGCCUGCAGAACGAUUUAGUCAAAUUGCUUUCAGAGUAACCCAUAAAAUGUGUUUGUGAUCAAUAAAAUCUAUUGUUUUAAUUAAAUUUGUA